AUGAAAAUCACGAGUAAAUUCACGGCCAACUAUGACGCCGUCGAGGAGUCUUUGAAGUCCAAGGCUAUAGGAUUGAUAUCCCUGGGCGAUAUGCGUGAACUUCAGAAAGAUGUCAUAGUUCACAGGUGAAACUAAACAUCUUCGAUAAAAUAAAUUGAUUCUUGAAGAGAUUUACAAGUAGCAAAGGGGUACAACAUCCCAAUCUCAUGCCAAGAAAGACACUGUCGCCGACAAAAUAAAAGAAGAACACGUCGUAAAAAAUACUGAGGUUCAUUUCGAGGUUCCUGAAAAUUUAUUCAGUUUCAAAUUUACAGAAAAGAGUUCUAUCAUUCGGUGAUGAUGAAGAAGAUGAAGAGGAAGUUUUCAUUCCAAAAAAGGUUCAAUUUUUGGAAGUUUUGUUUAACUUCAGUUUUUAGAGAGUUGGUAUGGACCCUAACGUGGAUACAAGUUUUUUGCCGGACAAAGAAAGAGAAGAAGAGUUGGCCAAGUGAGUUCUUGUAACCGCACAACCGUUUGCACGCAAAUUUUCAUUAAAAAAAAAUAAACUGCAGAAAGAAAGAAGAAUUGGCGGCUGAAUGGCGAGAACAACAAGAAAGGGAGAAAAACGAGGAAAUUCUGGUGGCCUACGCGUAUUGGGACGGUUCUUCUCAUAGAAGAAAUAUGAAAGUCAAGAAAGGGCACACGAUUUCGCAGUUUUUUUGAACCGGGCGAUAGAGGUUUCAUUUUUUUAAUAUUUUAUAUUGUGAGAGAUGGUGCCCCUUGAUUUUUUUAUUCUGCCUUUAUUGAAUCCAAAAAUUUUUAUUUUCCGGUGUCACAUUACCUUUUAUUCUGUAAAAGGGAAAUUUUUGGGGCCAAAUUUGAACUAAUCUGCUAGAUUCUUCAAUUUUUUUAUAUUUUUUUUAUAGGCUAUAAUGAUGGAUUCGAUAGGGGAAAAGGGAAUUGUCUCUAAUACGAAAAAUUAGAUUCAAUAAGCUUUCUGAAGUUUUUAGUUAUGAUUCAUAUUUUAAAAAGAAUUAUUUUUUUCAAAAUCUGAGAUAUCAUGAAUGUAUUUUUUUUAAACAUACCAGCCAGGAAUUUUGUAGAAAAAAACUGUUUUUUUGUAAUCGAAAGAUGGGAAUAAAUUUAUUAUUUUUCCUGAGAGUUUUAAUGUGAAUAUUCCAUUUGAAAAAGUCUAAAGAUCUAUGAACGAAGUUUUUGUAGGCUUUGAAGAAGGAAUUCACCGAAAUAAAGACGUGCACACCCGAAAACUUAAUGUUCGUCAAGGAAGAUCUCAUCAUUCCACACUUCUACACGUAAUUGUGCUCAAAAAAUGAGCAGUUCGAUAAAAAUUGAAACUUAAGGUUCCAAGAUUUCAUCGUCACAAAGGCCAUGGGCAAAACAGGUCCCCUCUUUGUAUUCGAAGCGGCGGCCGACGUCCGAAUACGACAAGACGCCGCUUUGGACUACGGCGAAGCUCAUCCAGCCAAGGUUCAACCAAAUUCUUUCGGAAUGGAGAAAAAACUUGAAUAUUUUUAUAGUUUGUUCGAGUUCUUCAAUCUUUUCUAGAGCACCUCGACGCUUUUUUAAAUUGCAAUGUUCAUUCUAAUGAAUUUGCAGGUGGUGCUACGAAGUUGGUACGAGAAAAACAAGCACAUUUAUCCGGCGUCUCGUUGGGAACCAUUUGUGGCAAGCAAAAAGUACGGGAAAGAUUUCGACGACCUCAGCGACCUGUGA